GGCAGAACUCUCGAUCUGAAGCUGUAGAAGCUCCCCAGUAUUUCGCAGCGACGUCUUGUAGGGCUAUCAUGAGAUUCUCAGUCAUCGCCACGGCUCUGGCCGCUUUCGCCACCAGCUCGACAUUGGCGACAGACCGUACCUACCUCUUCACUUUGUCCGUUCCCUGACAAUCUCCCAUCCCAAUGCUAACUUUGAACAGCGGUGACUCGUACACCAGGACAUUGUGGAAAAUCAACGGCCCUGUGCCAUCGGAGCAGAAUCCAAUUGGCAACCCACCCCUACCCGGGGGAACCUCCUCCGGCGGCAAGAACUGGGUCGGCCUUUUGGUGACCAAGUUCAACGUCUCAUCCGUCUUCUUGUACAACUUUGCCUCCAGUGGUGCGCCUAUCGACAAGACGCUGUUGGCGCCCCAGCCUCUCUUAAGCGACAGGGUGGACUUCGUGAACCAGGUACAGCUGUUCAACAAGACUCUCUCCGCUGCGCCGAGCUGGGCUCCGUGGACAGCUCAGAAUUCCAUUGCUGCAAUGUGGCUGAACGUCAAAGACCUCAGGGACACACUUGAUUAUCCCAAUACACCCGAUAUAUCCAAACGUGUGAUGAAGCGGUACAUGGAGCAAGUCGAAAGGUUGUACGCCAUGGGAGUCCGAAACUUCAUCUUCCUGACAGCCCCGCCGUUCUACCUGACGCCUCUCUUUUUCGGACUGAACGCCUCAUCCUACAACAAGCUCGUCUCUGCAACCGAUAACUUCAACUCGCAACUUUUAGGAAGCGUUGCAGCUUUCGCAAGCUCGCACCCAGAUGCCACUGUCCGGACGAUUGACACUCUGCCCGCGUUCCUGGCGGCAUUUCAAAAUCCGACCAAAUUCGGAGCGCCGAACUCGGCAUGCGUUCACCUCAAUGGCAGAUCCUGCGUACGUUUUUGUUCACCUCUCUGGUUCCAUGCCUCUUUGAGAAGCCGUUGAAACUAACAUGUAGCAGCUGUGGCGUGACUACCUCCACCCGGGUUAUUACAUCCAACAGCUCGUGGCUGUUGAUGUAGCAAAGACCUGGGGCUCAGGAGUCUUCAAAUGCACCCAGGAUAUCUGCUCAAAUACAGCCAAGCCCACCCCCAUGCCUAAACGGACAGACUCGACGACGUUGAGUGUGAGCACCACCACAAAGUCCACGACUACGAAUACAUCCAACCCAACAACUACAG